AAAAUCCAUCUAAUCCAAAAAGAAAAUAAUUACAGGUCAAACAUUUGAUCAUAGGGUUUAUUUUGCUGGGAUUUUGGUGUGCCGCAGAACAAAUUAAGCGAGUAGAGAGAGGUAUGCCUUGAGGUAAAAAAAAGUUUGGCAGACACUGGUCUAGACGCAUAGUGCUAACGGCAAGAUUUGGAGGGGCAAAGUGCAACAUGAAAUUGAGGUUUAUAUACCCGGCGCAUCAAAAAAAAGAACACCACCAGCAAUUAUUUCGCCUGCAAUUAAAUCGAAUGGAACGUUAAUUGGUCCAAUGCAUUUAUCUAUUUCUCACAUACAGAUGCCUCUCUAACUUCUUGUUUCUUCUUUCGAUAACAUCAAAAUAGCGACGAAUUUUUCAUUAUAUAAUCAAAAACGUCACGCACGUCAGAGUGUCUCUGUUGUUAUCGGAAAGCGACAUGUCCAACGGUAUUGUGAACACCCUCUUAAACUACAAGAAUCUAGCCGAAAAGGCAUCGAACCAUAAAGAACUUCUCAAGGUUGAUCAAUAGAUCAGUUAUUUCAUACCUGUUUUUGUUGUUGUUUUCUUUUAGGAUAAAACGAUCAUCCUAUACAUCGCUACACUUUUGGAGAACAAGAAUUUGGAAAUCGUCGAUCUGUGCUUGGACAUCUUGGAGAGUUUAGUGAAUAAUUCCGACACGCACGACGCUCUGCUGAGAAUCUUCGGGAUGUUCGAGUCGUUGGAGUCUCUGGCUAUCAGCGCCAGAAGUUACGAUAAGAGACUGUCUACAAGAGCCUCGAAUCUGAUGGAGAGUUUGAGGAAGGCGGCGCCUCCCGCAUACGGAACUCGUCUUCGCAAGGGCACUGGAAGGAAUCUCAGGUUCCAUUCGACGACAACGAUGUACCAUCUCUUCAUCGAUGAUCUUACGGAUGUGAACAGAUCCGCUCUCGACGAAUGUCUGGUUUCGUUGAAGGGGAUGGUGUCCUUCGUGGUGGACGUCGCGGAGCAAAAGUGCACGAUCAGGAUAAGCCCGAAGCUCGCAUUGAAGACGGUUCUCGAGCGUCUGCAGCGUGCAGCCGGAAUGAGAGCGCUGGUGAUGACCAAAAAUCGAGAGACAGGAACGACGGACUACGUCGACGUACUGAAUGAAACAAACAAAACUUUACCGCUGGAUUAUUUGGUCGAUGAAGAGACGCCGCCCAAGAAACACGCUCUUUACAAUUAUACCAAUCACUUGGCUAGAAAUGCGAGCGGUUUCCUGCAAUCUGCCACAGAUCUAUGGAAUAGAUCGUUCUAUUGGUGAAUC